ACUCGCGCUUUGAGAUGCGCAAGGCUGAUUAAAUCAAUUCGGUUAUUGCAGAAGCUGUAUCUUUAUUCAAUUAUACAUUUCAAGAUAUUAAAUUGCUGAUCUCCAACAAUUCUUUCACAGGAAAUCAGCUCCUGAUCUGAAUUGAACCAUAAACAUCAUCGAAAAUCUUCCUUCCUCGAUUUCGAUUCACAUUCCAGCACCCAAAAACUCAAUAAUAUUUACGAGAUGUCUGGAUUUUCUUUUGGUAAUACUGGAAAUACUGGCGGGGGUUUAUUCGGUGGUGGAGCUUCAAGUAGUACUCCUAAUGGCUCCGGACCUGGGCUUUUUGGAGGUGCGCCAGCUACAUCUGGGGCCGCCCCAUCAUCUUUGUUCGGCGGUGGUGGAUCGGCAGCAGCAAGUCCUUUUGGCGCAGCGAAACCAGCUGGACAAGCACCAUUGUUUGGAGGAGCAGGAGCAUCAAAUGCAGGAGCCGCUAAGCCUGCUGCUGGAAGCGUCUUUGGUCAGAGCACAGGGAAUGCCCCGAAUGCCACGUCUGCCUUCAGCUUUGGAAAGCCUGCCACCACACCUACAAGUACAGGAGGAGGUGGAUUAUUUAGUGGAGCGGGCACAGCGACAGCUUCGGGGGCAGGAGGUGGAGGAUUUAGUUUUGGAGGACCCAAACCGGAGGGUGCUUCAACGCCAACAACAGAGAACAAACCCGCGACUCCUACAGGUUUAUUUGGAGGAUUGAACAAACCAGCGUCAGGAGGCAUAUUUGGAGGACCAGCUUCGACUGCUCCUAGUUUAGGAUCAACAACUCCAGCACCAAGCAAACCUUUCAGUUUUGCAUCCACAACUCCUGCGGGACCACCGCCUAUGAAUAACGCACCGGCUGCGAGUACGGGAAACCUGUUUGGCGGCGGUGCUCAACCACAAUCGACUGGAGGUUUAUUUGGAACACCAAAACCUGCGGCCGCAUUACAACCUGCACAAACACCCGCUGCACCAGCUCCUACAGGUGGCCUUUUCUCUGGUAGUACUCCUGCGGCUGCAGCUCCGAGUAGCAAUCUGUUUGGUGGUGCUGGUGCUGCAAAGGCUCCUGCCACUAGUAGCAACAUGUUUGGCGGAAAUAAUCCUGCUGCUUCAGCUACACCCGCGGCGACUACAGAAGCCGCUAAGGCAGCCCCGUCCUUCAGCUUCCCGUCUGCCACUCCUGCAGCUAGCACGCCUGGAACACAAGCUUUUGGUACUCCUGCACCAACGGCUACGGCUCCUGCUACCAGCAAUCUAUUUGGAAAACCUAACCCAACCACCUCUACACCUGCUCCAGCCGCAUCCGCCCCAGCACAAACACCAUCCCUGUUUGGAAAUGCCGCUUCAAGUAGCGCUGCAACCACUUCCACUCCUGCACCAGCUGCUACAGCGUCAGGUCUGUUUGGUGCACCUAAACCAUCAGCUCCUGGUACUUCUGGUCCAGCCGCGGCAAGCACUCCCGGCCCUGCUUCAUCCACCGCAAAUGCGGGAUCUGCAAACCUGGAACAACGAGGCGGUGCAACGAUUGGAACUGGAGUAGCAGGGCCAGCAACUCUAGGAGCUUCUACCACUGGCCCAAGACCGGAAUUAAGUCGUCUAAAGAAUAAAACUAUGGACGAAAUCAUUACUCGAUGGGCAUCUGAUUUGUCAAAAUACCAAAAAGAAUUUCAAGAACAAGCAACCAAGGUAGCUCAAUGGGAUCGUCUUUUGGUAGAGAAUGGAGAUAAAAUACAGAAAUUGUACAACACUACCUUUGAAGCAGAACGAUCAAGCGCAGAAAUAGAACGACAACUAGCAACGGUGGAGGGCCAGCAAGCCGAACUUGAACAAUGGCUCGAUCGUUACGAACAAGAGGUUGACGACAUGUUUAAUAACACGGCUGUCGAAACAUUACAAGGUCCAGACCAGGAACGCGAAAGAACUUAUAAGAUGGCAGAGAAGUUGGCGGAUAAACUUGACGAAAUGGGUAAAGAUCUCACAACUAUGAUCGAAGCUAUGAAUGAGGCAUCUGCUACAUUGAACAAGAGUACCAAAUCCGAUGAUCCGGUAAGCUACUACAAUCUCUUCAUUGGUACAAGAUAUGGUUUACUAAUCAAAUUUAUCACGCAGCUCUCCCAUAUCGUCCGAGUCCUCAAUUCACAUCUUAUGCAAUUACAAUGGAUUGAUCAAAAUGCCAAAACACUACAAGAGAAGGUGGAAGCGGCGCACAAAUUGGGACAAAGUAUGAGUGCUAAUGGUCUCGGUGGAGCGGAAAGCGACGCUGCGGAUCAUUUCUAUAGGUCUUUCAUAGGCAGAAGAUGAAUGGUGAAGGAUGGAAAAAUUGAGAAGGUAGAACGAAGGCUGGUAGAUGUGUAUUGGCGUGCUGGACGGAUGUUUAGGGCGUUAUGACUCGGCAGGAAAUGCAAUGCAAAAUUCAGGCAUGGAUGGUAUGUUUUUGAGAAAAGCAUAUGUGGAUAAUGAAUACCGAAGACUGAAUAUCACGAGCCUCUGAAAGAGGAUCGAGUAGAGGAAGAAGAAAAGAAUUCAUGUUUCCAAAAUAGGAGAAUGCAUGGAUGUAUGAACGAGGAAGUGUUUCAAGGGGAAAUCUUUGUGUAUA